CAGCCCACACCACAUACUUCUCAAUGUCUGAAGCAGCCAGUUUAACUGAGCAGGAAUCGCAGUUUCGUAGUUCAGAAUUUUCAUCUGUUCAGGAUAAUACCAAUAUAAUUCCUUCAGAAUCACUGAUCGCUGAUAAUCCAGUCCCAUCAGCUUUUGUUCCUGACGCAGAUGAUAAAAUUGGCCCUGCUAAGCGACCAAAACUCAGCCCUAUCGAGUCUUCCUCAUUCACUGUCGCGGAAGACGUUCUACCUCCAACCCCAAGUCAGAUUGGUCCGGAUACAAUCGUGAAGACUGAUCAGUUGCUUCUGGGUCCAUCAGAUGAGCCCGAGGAACUAGCGUGUUCCUCCCAGGAAGCUCCGACCGAGGAGUUAGAGGAGCAAGACACUCUGGAAGAGGAAGAGGAGGACGAAGAAGAAGAUGAGGAGGAGGAAGAUGUGAGUACUGUCUUGGGAGAAGACGAUGCAGAUUCUGUGGUGACGAGGCUCAUCUCGCCUGCACUUGAGCAAGAGCGGGAGGAACGCAAGAAAGAAGACCGGAAGCUCUUGGCGUUGUUAGCACACUUUGAUGAGGAACAGUUGAAUCGAUUCGAAACUUUUCGGAGGGCGACCUUUGCAAAGGCCUCUGUUCGACGACUGAUUCAAUCUGUUGCUUCCUGUGCCGUGUCUCAGAAUGUGGUCAUCGCAAUAGCUGGAAUGACAAAAGUCUAUAUUGGAGAAAUAGUCGAAGAGGCUUUGGACUACAAAGAACGGCUUGGAGAAUCUGGGCCUUUGAAGCCGAAGCACAUCCGUGAGGCCUACCGCCUGUUGAACGCUAGUCAAAGUUCAUGCUCUGCCUCAACGGAGAAUCCUCUUUGCUGACUACUAACUUCGUGACCGUGUUUGAGCCACACAGUCACACUGCGACCGAAUGCUGCUCACUACUUUGUACAUACUUCUAUUCUG